AUGCCCGAGUCCUCUAACGACAACGCCAGCUCCUUCAACUCAAAUGACUCUACCGCUGCCAAGGCUACGUAUCUCGCCCUUCAGUCCACUGACCGCUGUCUUCCCCCAGGAUGGACCAUGUACAUUCACCCCCGUGGAUGGGUAUAUUUCCGGAGUGAGGAGUACAAAAUUGUCUUCGACGAAGACAUACGGGUCCCUGAAACUCUAGAGAGAAUCACAAGUAUUUGCAUAAAAGAGAACCUUUCACUCUUAUCUGGAGGGCAGGAAUUUUGUAUCGCUGGCUUCAACUCGAAUUCCGCUCUCUAUUUAGUCAUUGACCAUACUCAAUGCACUGCGAGAUAUGGCUUUGAAUUAUCUUCUGCAACCCAACCUAUCCAUAACAUUCCGCUAUCUCGGGUGCUACGCCAUCGACAGCGGUACUGGCAUUUUGUGUCACAGCAUCCUACCCACGUCUCGGUUCCUCAAGACAUGCUCAUGUACACGGUGGAUAUCAUCAAGUCCUAUUAUUUUGAUAAUCUCACUCAAGGCACGAAAAGCACCGUCCCGUUCACCAAAGCGGAGUGUGAGGAACUCCUACCUAGCUAUGUCUGCUUAGAUAACACCUCAGACCGAAACAUGGUUUCCACAAACAUGUUCAUCGCAUGGAUACUAAGAGAGACUUGCAAUUUCCGGAGGGCGGAGCGCUAUGGCGCGCUCACAUUUCAGCAAACAGAGAUGCAUCGCCAAAGCACGUUGCGCCCGCAUUUUGUCUGGCAAAGCUCAUCUAGGACGUCUCGGAACUGCUUAUGGAUACUAAUCAAUGGUCCAUUAUUUGGUAUUCCGUACUCCUAUCUUGAGAACGUUCAAAGAGCUAGUGAGUUUCAGGGACGUUUGUCUAGCCUGCAUCAAGCCUGGCAAACGUACACCGACCAGCUUACGAAAGAAUAUUCUGAUUUUAUCCUAGUCGUGAGUGCCAUCUAUUUAAUCUCGCAGUAA